AUGACACCAUCCGAACCACUCCAACCUCAGCAACCACCACCAUCAGGAGGAUCACUCCUCACACCCGUUCCAUGUCCUCUUCCUCCUCCUCUCGAACAAUGCAAAUACAGUUUCGAAGAGAUGGAUCAUUCCUUCUUUUGUGUCGAUCCGACAAGUACUAGUCGAGAUGUUUCAAAAAGUCCUUAUCGAUCCUUCUAUGAAAACAUGAUUCACAACAAAGAUUUGAAUUCACAUUCAGGUCAAUCAUUGGGUACGAGUUCAACACCGACAUUAUAUAAUGCCAAUCAACAAAAUUAUCAAUUUCCAAAUAUGGGUGUUAAUUACAACACUCACACGACAAUGCCAUCCACCAUGCAAAACAUUUCUUUCACGAAUAAUAAUAAUACUAAUAACCAUUUAAUGAAUUCUAUGAAUCCAAUGAUGAUGAUGCAAAAUAAUUUGACAUCAAUUAGGAUGGAAAACAAUCCAUCAUCAGCGACAACAACAACAAGUCCUCUCGGAAUGCCAUCCUCCAUGUUCAACUCAUCGUUUUAUGGCAAUUCCAAUAAUUUAAAUAACAACAAUAUUUACAAUGUUAAUACUUCAUCUGGAAUUUUAGGAAUCAAUAAUAAUUUCAUGACAACAAGUGGUCACAACUUUAAUAGCAACAACAAUUUUGCGACAACAACUAGUAACAUUUCCAAUUAUGGAAAUUUCAAUCCAAUGAUGGCGUCACAACCACCACCAUUAUCAUCCUCCUCCUUCUCGACUUCCACCAAUUCACUUGUCACCACCACCUUGAAAAAGCCGGUACCUUAUGAAAAUGGUUCUAUUAUUGAUCCAGAAAUGGAGAAUGAAAUCUUUGAGCUGCCCUUGUCAUUGAACUACAUCUUACAAAAUUAUUCAAGUGCUGCAGAAUGUGUCGUUUCAGAAGAAUUCAAUAAUGCCAUGAUGGAAGAACCUAAUAUUGAUGUCACACUUAAAAUUAUGAAAUGGUAUGAUGAAAGUAAAUUGAAAUUGGGAAAUGAGGAGAGAGCUCAAUGGGCUGUGAAAACAUUGGAUGCCUCGAGUGAGUAUAGUACACGAUGGGGAUCAGUCAAUAUUGCAGGUCCCUCACGAGUUUAUCCUAAAUAUGGUGAUUUUCCCGAGGCAUGGGCUCCUCGUCUCCAACAAAACUCGAAAGAAUUCUUUAUUGUGGAAUUUGCUGAUUAUUACAAAAUUACUGGAAUCCAACUUUAUGAAACAUUUAAUCCAGGUGCUGUGACAAAAAUUAGCUGUCUUCCAAGAGGUAAAGACAGAUACACCUCAAGAAAACCUCAACUCGAUGGAUCCAUUAUUGGAACAACCACGUUUGAGGCAAGACCUGAAGAUUGGGUGGUUCUCUAUGAGGGACCUACACAACAAUCAAGUCUUGCACAACAUUCCAGAAUUUUCUCACCUUCCUUAAGAAACACAGGAGUGGAAUCUAAGAUUAUUUACGUUGAAAUGGAUACUACUAACUCUUCGAGCUGGAGUGAGAUUGAUGCUGUGAAAUUAAUUGGAAUACCAGUCAUUGUUGUAAUGUAA